AUGGCCAGCUGGGCUCAGGAUGAAGCGCCUCCUUCCCAGAGGCAGGAUGAGCGGAGCAGAGGGCGGGCACCUGAAAGCAGGUGCUCCCACAGUCCAGACAAAAGGGAGCGGCGUGGCAGCGACACCGGCCCCGAGACAUCGAGCUGCCCAGCACGCCUAGACGGCCGGCAUCGCUCACAGAACCGGUCGCAACCGCAGCAGCCGGCAGGAGCUGACUUGCCCUGCUCCAAGCGGCAGCUGAGCGACUACCGGCUGAAGCUCACGCGAGACAUGUCUGCUCGAGUUGGCCACGCACCGCCUCUGGCCGCAGCAUCGACGUCUCCCAAGCAUCCGUCGCCCGCCCGGGAGGUGCUGACGCCAUCUCCGGUGCUGCCGUCCUCGGAAUCCGGAUCCGGAUCUGGCAAUACCACGACGUCGGCUGGGUCUGUCCAGACCGUGCGUGCUGCCGCCGCUGCGACCAAGGACUUCUCUGCUCCAACGCCGUCCUAUCCGUUUCCUCGAGUGCCAUCGGGCGCAUCCCAGGUGCCGCCGAAUCCUGCGCUCAACGACGUUCCCGAAGAAGCAAGGCGGCCGAGGUUGCCGGCCAAGAGCGACGAGCCGUUAGCCUACAUCCUCUCAGAGAAGCUUCUGCCCACUCCACCCACGCCAGCAUCAGCGGCAGACUUUGCCCCCAGAAGCGCUGCCGGAGGCUCUGGCACCGCAUCUAGCUACCAUGGCUACAGUCGCCAGCAGGAUGUUCACCCAAACCCCGACCUGCCCAGCCCGAGUCUGUACGAUCUUGCUCUUGCCCUGUCCUCGGAACCGGGCCUCGAUGCCUGGUGGACCAACGUGAUUCAGGUGACCACAGAGUGGUAUAAGGCGGAGCGAGUGGCGCUGGCUGUCCCGGCAGAUGCCACGGACGUUGAAAACAUGCCUUGGGGCCAGCGAGCCACGUUCAACGCACACGAGGGAGACGAUGAAUUGAGCCUGGGCUACAUCGGUCGGGACAGCAAUGCCGUUCUCAGCAACGCAGAUGCUACGCCCCUGGACGCCACGUCUCUGUCGCCAGUUAGCGACCUUGCCUCUCCGCCCUCGGCAAUUCCUUUGCGACGGCCUGACCUGACGAGCCGGUACUCCGACACUGCUUUCGAACACCACCGGAACCAGAAGCCAGAGGACUUGGCUGGUACAGACCAGCCUUCGCACCCGCCUCUACGUCCCGCCCUUUCGAGAUGGCAAACCUCCGGUCCCGACUCGACGCAGCGCUCCGAUGCACCAAAGGCGGACUCGCCGCCCAAGCCUUAUGCCGGCCUCAACCAUGCAGCUCUAGAGGAGCACGACGCUGCAGAAGGCACGCUUCGCCUCAAUCCUAUGCUGGAUGUCCCGAACUGCCUGCCGACCGAGACUCGGGGACGAGUGCUGCCCGUGCUACAGGCGCUAGACUACGAGGCAGAUCCACUCAUAGAUCACAACGGUGUCCAGCGAGUGUUGGACCGAGGCCAUGUUGUUGCUUUGACGCGAUCAUACCCGUACCUGAAACGAGUACGCAACGAGACGGACAGACCGCAGGAGCGAGGGAGCGCAGAGCUUCGGUCUGAGCAGGCGAAUAAGCUUCCCGGACUGACCCGCAGCUUGAGCUCCGCGACAAGAAAGACGAGCAGGCCGUCCAGCAUAUACAUGAAGCGACUAAAUGGGGCAGCAGGCAUCGCGGCCUCGAAGCCGGGAGCGAGCGAAGCGCAGCGGCCGCGGACGCCCAUGUACGAAGAAUGCGAGCAGCUUCCCCCAUCUCCUUGGGCACAGUCGCCUGCACCGUCACCUGCCGUGCGGCCCGAUCCCGACGACAAUCCGUUCUUCAAGAGCACUACGGUGGACGAGGAUUCCUUCAAUCCUGCCUCGGCUCCGGAAGACUACAAGGACAUGCUGCCACCGCCUACGAUUGGGGUUGAGAACGCGUGGACAGUCCUCCAUGUGCCUUUGUUCCAUCCGCACCUGUCCAAGCCGAGCCCAUCGUCAUUCAGGCUCGACAAGACCAAGAUGGAGCGGCGAUCGUCUCCGCGCCGCAACCCGAACAGCUCCGAGGACGGGACCGGCUCUGUCACGGCAUUUUCCGCUGCGGUGUCUCCUGAGCGGCCGUCGAGCCAGCCGAAGCAGGUCCCCAUUGCGAUCCUGUCAAUUCUGAGCCCGAUCAUCCCCUACCCGUCGAAUCUGCGCCACUCGCUCGAGUUUCUGGCCCCCCAUCUGGCGACGUCCUUUUCGCUCUGCCUCCACUACUCCAACCUGGAAGCAGAGGUUUCGGGCCUUCACCGUCGACGGCACGAGCUGGGCGGGUUUGGCGGUAUCGACGUCAACGGAAAUCCUUUCCCGACGUCCACGACGACGACGGACACGCCCUACAUGCCGUUGCACGACACGCUCGCACUACGAUCGAUGGCCGGGAGCACAACGAGCUACAGCGAUAACUCUAUCCCGUCUCGCAGCGCGCUUGGAACGCCGAACGGCACACCUGGCUGGGACUCGACAUCUCUGAACAUGUUUUUGGACAGGCGCGUCAACGUAGGGAGUGGCACAAGCCCCGGACUGGCAUCUUUGGCGGGAGACGGCUUAACUUUUGGCUUGCGGCCGUCGGCGCUGGGACACUUUAGUCGGCCAGCCACGACGCCGGGAGGAAGCAGCAGCAGCAGCGCGCCCAGAGCUGCAAAGCUAUCAGCUGCACCGGGCGACAAACGUAUUCCGGCGUCUGCUUUUUCCCUGACAGAACAAACAUCCGUCACGACAGCCGGUGAAGGCUCUCUGAGCCGGGCGAAGAAACCACCGGCCGCGUUCUUCUUCGGCCUCGGAUCAGACGGUUGCGCGACACUCCCUCCGGACGGAGACAGCAACGACGCCGGGACUGAAGCGGACAAGGAACCGGUCAGCCCAGUACCCAGUAACAUCGUCGCCGGCCUCCGAGCGUCACUCUCUUCCAGGACCGAGCAGAAGGUGGCGACGGCAGCGGCGAGCAAAGAAGGGAGCCUGGACGAGUUGGCAAGAUCGUCGCUCAGCAACAAGAUGUUCGUGCCCAGUCCGUUUGGCUCUGGAAGCAGCCCCCCCAAACAUCGCCAUGGCGGUCGCUCGAUGCACCGCUACAGCUAUAGCUACAGCCACAGCCAGCUGCACUCUCAUGGAGCCGACUUUGCGACAACAUUCCCGUCUCUCCCGCCUAGCGCCAGCAUCAAGUGUGUCAGUGCUGUUCCCACUGCGUCUCCAGCCGUGACACCGUCCCUGCUCGGGCCAGGGGUAGCACCGACAAGCCCCGUGGACAUGCCGCCGCCGUCAGACCGGCUGAAGGGGCUCAUCCUGGACUCGCUGCCGGCCCAUGUGUUUGUGGCGAUGCCACAGACGGGAGCGAUUGUGUGGGUCAACAGUCGGUACCUGGCAUACCGAGGACAGACGGUGGAGAGCCUGGCACAAGAUCCGUGGGUGAGCAUCCACCCGGACGACCGCGAGGAGUACCUCAAGGCGUGGAGCCACUCGGUGCGGACGGGCGACCAGUUCUCGCGGACAGUGCGGAUUCGACGAUUCGACGGGUCGUACCGCUGGUUCCAUGCGCGGGCGGUGGCCUCACGCGACCGUCGCAACAGCAUCGUGCAGUUUUUGGGAUCGUACAUGGACAUCCACGACCAGCACAUUGCGGAGCUCAAGGCGGCGCGGCAGGAGGAGAUCGAAGUGUCGGAGGCGAAGCACCGGAUCCUGGCCAACUUGAUCCCGCAGAUCGUCUUCACUGCGAACGAGGAGGAGGGGGUCACGUUUGUCAACGAGCAGUGGCUGUCGUACACGGGACAGAGCUCGCGGGACGCGCUCGGGCUCGGGUUCAUGAACUUUGUCCACCCCGACGACCUGGCCAAGUGCACGUUUAUUCCGGUUCCGGCCCACCUUCAACGGCGCCGCCAGCAGCUGCGGCAUGUGAUCGCAUCGGGCGGCGCGGGGGGGCGCAAGAGAAGCGAUGACAGCAGCAACCCGUCCGGAGAGCGCACGCCGGAGACGGGCAAUGGCGAGGGCCUGAGCGAGCUCGCGGAGUUGGCGCGACGGGACAUUAUCAUCGUGACGGAGGACGACAACGGGCGGCCAUCAUACACGACAGAAGUGCGGGUGCGGUCGAAGACGGGAGACUACCGGUGGCAUCUGGUCCGUUGCGUCGAGACAGGCACGGAGGAUUUUGGCAAGGGCCGCAACUCGUACUUUGGGUCGGCGACGGACAUCAACGGCCACAAGCUGCUGGAGACCAAGCUGAAGGAGGCGAUGGACUCGAAGACGCGCUUCCUCAGCAACAUGUCGCACGAGAUCCGCACGCCACUGAUCGGGAUUUCGGGCAUGGUCAGCUUCCUGCAGGACACGACGCUCAACGAGGAGCAGCGCGACUACACGAACACGAUCCAGAACAGCGCUAGCAGCCUGCUGAUGAUUAUCAACGACAUUCUGGACCUGUCCAAGGUGGACGCGGGGAUGAUGAAGCUGAGCUUUGAGUGGUUCCACACGCGGUCGCUAAUCGAGGACGUCAACGAACUCGUCUCGACCAUGGCUAUCGGCAAGGGUCUAGAGCUCAACUACAUCGUGGAGGCCGACGUGCCGGGCUGGGUCAAGGGCGACCGGGUGCGCAUGCGACAGGUGCUGCUCAAUGUGAUUGGCAAUGCGAUCAAGUUCACGGCGCGUGGCGAAGUGUUUAGCUGCUGCCGCGUGGUGCGUCCGUCGCCAGAGCCGGACCGGAUCGUGCUUGAGUUCUCGGUGACGGACACGGGCCAGGGCUUCACCAAGGAGGAGGCAGACCUGAUUUUCAAGCCGUUCAGCCAGAUCGACGGCAGCAGCACGCGGCAGCACGGGGGCAGCGGGCUGGGGUUGGUGAUCUCGCGGCAGCUGGUAGAGCUGCACGGCGGCAAGAUGGAGGGCACAGCAGAGCCGGGAAAGGGUUCGACCUUUACCUUCUCGGCGCUGUUUGGGCUGCCGACCGAAUCGGACCACCCGAGCGGGGAGCUGGCGGCUUCGUGUCUGGACGGGCCGGUAACGUCGAGCAGCGUGGCAUGGCCGGGCAUGGGAACCGGGACGGUAUCGACGUCGUUCUUCCUCGCGCCAUCGGCCGUGGUGGCAGCAGCAGCGGCUUCGGCAGCCGGGUCUCCGGGUAGCCUGGCGUCGACUUCUGUCCGGGCGGCCAGCGAGCCGAGCAAGGCCGGAGAGGCCGGAGAGGCCGGAGAGACGGGCGAGGCGAUGGUGAGCGAGGUGAAAUCGCCGACGACGACGUUUAGCAGCGACUCGGACAUGCGCACGACCAACCUGACACGGUUCAGCGAGGCGGCUCGGGCGAGUGGCCAGGACCUGUCGCAGAUGUCGUUGAGGCACGUGGGAAGUGUGGCUGGAGACGGGACUGAAGAUGAGGCUGGAGCCGAGGCUGAAGCUGAGGCUGGAGCGGAGACUCUCCGCAAGAGGCCGUCGGCCCUGUCGAUCCUGAUCAUUUGUCCGCAGAUGCACAGCCGUGAGGCGACGACGCAGCACAUUGAGAUGACGCUGCCCAAGGGGACGCCACACCGGCUGACGUCGCUGGCAACUGUGGUGGAAGCGCAGGAGCUGAUUCAGGGCGGCCACCCGGAGAUGUUCACGCACGUGGUGAUCAACCUGCCGUCGCCGCAGGAGAUUCUGGACGUGGUCAACCAGCUGCACCAGUCGACGAUGCUGCAACACGCGAGCCUGCUGGUGCUGUCGGACUCGGUGCAGCGGCAGGCGGUCAACAAGCUGGCGGCGGGGACGCGGUACAACGAGCUGCUGUCGACGGCGCGGGUGACAUACAUUUACAAGCCGGUGAAGCCGUCGCGGUUUGCGGUCAUCUUCGACCCGGCACAGGAGCGCGACCUGAGCAUCGACCACAACCGGUCGAGCGCGGAGCGGCUGGUGGAGACGCAGAAACAGAGCUACGUGGACCUAGAGCAGCGCAUGGGCAACCGGGGCUACAAGGUGCUGCUGGUGGAAGACAACCUGGUGAACCAGAAGGUGCUGAAGAAGUACCUGCACAAGGUGGGCGUGGACGUGGACGUGGCCGCCGACGGGGUCGAGUGCGUGGAGGCUGUGCUGUCGCAUGCUCACGAGCACUAUUCGUUUAUACUGUGUGAUCUACAUAUGCCCCGAAAGGACGGCUACCAGGCCUGUCGGGACAUCCGCGAAUGGGAGGCCACGACGGGCGGACGACAGAAGCCGAUCCCCAUCAUCGCCCUGUCGGCCAACGUCAUGUCGGACGUGCACGAGAAGUGCGUAGAGGCCGGGUUCAGCAAGUACAUCACGAAGCCGGUAGACUUUGUUGCGUUGAGCCGAGCGCUGGCCGAGUUUUUUUGA